CAGCGGCCCGCAUCUCGGAAGGAAGCGGCAGGGCAUCAUUCUUCUUUUCCAAGUCUUCUUCUCUCUCUCUCUCUCUCUCUCUCACUCACUCAGAGAAGCAUCCGAUGGAAAACAUUGACGAUGAAUACAAAAAUUAUUGGGAGACCAAUAUGUUUCUUCAAACGGAAGAACUUGACAGAAGACGAGUAACGGGGGUGUUUGGAAUUUGUGGUCUCAGUAGCUGGGUAUUGGACGAAGCGUUUUCCGGCUACUACGACUCGAGCUCCCCGGACGGCGUCCAGUCGUCCACGGCGUCGAAGAAUAUUCUGUCGGAGAGGAACCGGAGGAAGAAGCUCAAUGAGCGGCUCUUCGCUCUCAGGGCGUUGGUGCCGAACAUCAGCAAGAUGGACAAGGCGUCGAUAAUAAAAGACGCGAUUGACUACAUCCAAGAAUUACACGAGCAAGAGAAGAGGAUUCUGGCGGAGAUAUCGGACCUGGAAUCUCGGAAGGCGAAGAAGAAUGCAGCAGCAGCAGCAGAUAUCGAGUACGAUGAGGAGAUGGCGGCCAUGGGCAGGCCGAAGAAGAAGAGAAGCGAUCAGAGCCUGAAUUCUGCAGGGGCGGCGAGGUCGCCCCCCAUUGAAGAUCUUGAGAUAAGGGUGUCGUAUAUGGGAGAGAAGACGGUGGUGGUGAGCCUGACAUGCAGCAAACGAACAGACACAAUGGUGAAGCUCUGCGAGGCUUUCGAGUCGCUGAAGCUCCGCAUAAUUACGGCCAACAUCACUGCUUUCUCCGGCCGCCUUCUCAAGACUGUCUUUCUUCAGGCUGAUGAAGGGGAGAAGGAUGAGUUGAAGAUAAAGAUUGAAGCUGCCAUGGGAACACUGACUGAUCCAGACAGCCCUAUGAGCAUCUAAAAUUUUUCAUUUUUCAUUUUUCAUUUUUAUUUUUGGGUGUGGUGCUGGUUAGUUGUGACCUGAAUUAUAAAUGUUUUUUUAGUUUGGAAUUUGUGAUCUCUGUAGCUGAUUGUUUGUCAUGGUUUCCCAGUCCUCCCCCUCUCCAUCCUCCAUCAGGAAAGCCACAGUUUCUGUCAUUUAUGUACUGUGAAUAAAUAAAGUAUGUUCCUUCCUACUUUA